UUAAACAUUAUUUAUUUUAUCAUUUUCAAAUGCAAAACAGACUUACAAAAGAGCUACAAGACUUGACCACAGGUAAUCCUCUUGCAGGAGUGCAAAUUACACCUGAUCCUAAUAAUAGAUUAUUGUAUAGAUUCAAUAUAUAAAUCAUAGAUGGACUGCUAUUGUUGCAGGACCAGAAGGCACAGCUUAUUAAGGAGGAAAGUUUAAACUCUCUAUCACCUUUCCAGAGAAUUACCCUUUUAAGGCUCCCUUCUUUUAAUUUUAGACUAAAAUAUUCCAUCCAAAUAUUAAUGAAAAGGGGGAAUUUUGUGAAGAUAUGAUAGAAACAAAGGUAUUUUGAUUCAUUCAGAAUUAGGAAUAAUGGCAACCAACAAAAACUGUUAAGUAGGUUUUGGAAAAGAUCUUAAAUAUCCUCGGACAAGUCAAUACUGAUUAAUCACUUAAUAAUUAAGCAAUGGAGAUGUAUAAAAGUGACAAGAAUAAAUUUGAAGAGUUUGUAAGAGCUGAAACAAAGAAGCAUGCUUCUUGAAUUAUUAUUAGUAUUAUUCAUUGUAAAACAUUAAUCUAAGACACUCA